AUGCUUACAGGGCCUGGCAGGAAACAACGUUAUCAUUUGUCUUACAAAAUUGUGCGAACAGAUAGUCGCCUGGUACGCAGCAUUCUGACAGCCCAUGGAUUUCAUGAAGUUCACCCAAGCAGCACUGACUAUAACCUAAUGUGGACGGGAUCCCACCUGAAGCCCUUCUUACUUCGCACCCUCUCUGAAGCACAAAAGGUUAAUCACUUUCCCAGGUCCUAUGAACUAACCCGGAAAGACCGACUGUACAAAAACAUCAUUCGAAUGCAGCAUACACAUGGGUUCAAGGCUUUUCACAUCCUCCCUCAGACCUUCCUUCUGCCAGCCGAGUAUGCGGAAUUCUGUAAUUCAUAUUCAAAGGACCGGGGACCUUGGAUAGUAAAACCAGUGGCCUCUUCUAGGGGGCGGGGUGUCUACCUGAUCAACAAUCCGAACCAGAUUUCCCUGGAGGAGAACAUCCUGGUCUCCCGUUACAUUAACAACCCCCUGCUUAUAGACGAUUUCAAGUUUGAUGUGCGCCUCUAUGUGCUUGUGACUUCCUAUGAUCCUCUUGUUAUCUAUCUCUAUGAAGAAGGAUUGGCUAGGCUCAUUUUCCUGUGGGAUCUUGAUCUGCUUUUUUCCAACUUCUCCUUCUGGACCCCAGAUAAAGACUUCCUCCUUAGGUUUUCAACUCAAAUCCAAAGCCAAGAACUCUAUGGCUUUGAUGUGCUCAUAGAUUCUACUCUGAAGCCAUGGUUGUUGGAAGUAAAUCUCUCCCCUUCUUUGGCCUGUGAUGCACCUCUGGACCUAAAGAUUAAAGCCAGUAUGAUUUCAGAUAUGUUCACUGUUGUAGGAUUUGUGUGCCAGGAUCCUGCCCAGAGGGCAUCAACCCGGCCAAUUUAUCCCACCUUUGAGUCUUCCAGGCGAAACCCUUUCCAGAAACCUCAGCGUUCCCGUCCACUCUCUGCCAGUGAUGCGGAAAUGAAAAACCUUGUGGGCUCAGCCCGAGAGAAGGUGCCGGGGAAGUUAGGUGGUUCUGUGCUUGGUCUGUCAAUGGAGGAGAUCAAAGUUUUACGGAGAGUGAAGGAAGAAAAUGAUCGGAGAGGUGGAUUUAUUCGCAUAUUCCCUACAUCAGAGACGUGGGAAAUAUAUGG